AUAGGCGCAACUCACUGGUCUCAAGUCAACACCACACAACAGUCUACGGCCAGGUCCUGCGGAUCAGAAAUCCCCCAGAAAUCCGCGGAUAUCGUCCUCCAUCCUCUCGCCGGAUUCGCGUUUGAACAUGAGCCUGCCCAAUUUCCGCCUGGCGGCCAGCCAAGGCGUGCAUUCGAGUGGCGGAAGUGGAAGCCAGCCUCAAACAAUGACGGCUGGUUCGCCCGUGUCAUUCAAUAUCUUGAAAGAGCGUCUUCGGUCCAGUCCCGCGGCUUCACCCAUGGGGGGUUUCCUUCUUCAGGGUGGAAUUAUGCGCCAACAAGACGAGAUCAAAGCCAAUCCUUUCGUGCACGGACCUUAUGGCAAUGCUGCAUUCAACCCCCAAAGGAUGGGAUCCAAAGCCAUGGGCAAUCAAGGAGCUCCCAAACCACCAAGAGCUCCCGAAAAGCCAUUGCUGCCCUUUCAAAGGUUCUCCCGGAAAGUAUGGGAUGAUGUUCAAGCUCAACACCCCGAUGCCAGUCUCUGGGAGGUUGGCAAGAUGAUCGGACAGCUUUGGCGGGAUCUCACAGACCUCGAAAGGCGAGAAAUCAACGAGGAAUACGAAGCCGAAAAGCAAGACUAUGAGAGGCAAAUGGUGGUCUACAAGAGCUCUCCCGCUUACCAAGCUUACAUGCAAGCCAAAGCCCGUAAUGCCCCCACCAUCGAGGACCCCGAGCCACGAGGUGUAAAGGGUGCUGAGCGUAGGAUUGAUAUUCAACCAGCUGAGGAUGAAGAAGACCCGGAUGAUGGCUUAAGCGUCAAGCACGUGGCUCAUUCCAGGUUCAUGAGGAACCAUCGCUUGAUUAACGACAUAUUUUCGGAAAGCGUGGUGCCCGAUGUCCGAAGUGUCGUAACCACCGCUCGCAUGCAAGUGCUCAAGCGUCAAGUUCAGUCAUUGACCAUGCAUCAGAAGAAAUUGGAGGCCGAACUCACUCAAAUCGAGAAGAAGUACGACGAGAAGAAGCGCAAAUUCCUUGAUUCCAGCAACGACUUCCAAAAGGAGCUCAAGCGCCAUUGUACCAAGGCCGUCUCCGAGGACAAAUACCAGAAUAUGGUGACUGACCAAGUUGAGAAACUGAAGCAAGAGAAAGAGGAUCGCCUCAAAAAUGGGGUCCCUACCCCACCUUCACCCGGGCCUCAGGCCAGCGAGAUCACGGGACCAUCAGAUAAUCGACAUGUGCUUCAACCUGUUGAUGAGAACAAGGUUGAAGAAGAUGGGGGUCCCGAUGGAACAACAGGAUCAACCGAUGGAGCCAAAUCGGAAGACGGGGCCAAUGGCGAGGAAGGUGCGACCAACCACAAGGAUGGCUCCAAAGGACCACCAGCGGCCGCUCCUGAAUACACAGACAUGGCUACCAAUCCAGGACAACCCAAGCCACAAAUACUGGCUGGUCGUCCCGGCCCUCAGAUGUCUGCUGGUCCUCCUAAUGUGACUGCGCCGCCUUCGAGAGUCCAUAGUGGCACGACACCACCACCCAAUGUCACUGCUCCGCCCCACUCUCACCCAGGACCACAUCCGUCUUAUGGGGCUCCCCCUCCACAGCAGAUGAUGCCUCCAUCAUAUCCCCCUCAACAGGGUUAUGGACCUCCUCCGCCUCCUCACGGAUAUCCGGGUUACCCACCACAAGGAGGGUACCGACCCCCAGGGGCGCCCCCGGGCGCAUCUCCACACGGCGGAGGUGGUCCUCCCCACGGUGGUCCUCCACCUCCAUCGGGUCCAACGCCAUCAUCAGGACCUCCUCCUCCUCCUCCUCAUGGCUACCCACACUACCCUGGGUAUCCACAUCCACCUCAUCCCAGUAGUGGGGCCGAGGGUGGAUAUCCUCCAUAUCCAGGAGGUCCCCCUCCACACCAGCAACAGGCCUUACCGCCCAAUGCUAUGGGAGCUCCACUUCGCCCAGGUGCUCCAGGGAUGCCACCCCCAGGAGCUGUGGGCAAUCCGCAAAUGGGCGGUCCUCGAGUUGGAUCCCCAAGUGAAGGUGGACCUGGUCCGAACUCAGGUGUUCCCCCUCCCCCUGCCGCACAGUAAAUGCCAACUGAUCGGCCUUUGUACAAAGUAUCAUUCAUUUCCUUCGGUUAUUAAAAUAAGCCUGUUGUACAAUAUCUCCUUGGCAUGAUGAAUACAAGCGUAUUGUAAACUCUC